AUGUACGUAGUGAGGUGGGACAAUCCAGAACUGGAGCCGCGGCACACGGUGGAUCCUGUAGCCAUCGUGAAACGGGAGGUCUUCAAGGACUACAAGGUGGGAGAUCAGGUGCUUGCCUACUACUCGGAGGACUGCAUGUGGUACCCAGGGAUGGUGGACGAAGCACGGGACGAUGGAUCCUUCCUAGUGAGGUGGGAUGUGCCAGAAGACGGACUGGAUGAGAUCUGCGUCUAUCCCACACACAUGAAGUUCCCUCGGCUGCCAGCUGAAAAGCUGGAGCUUGGCAGGAAAUACCGAGGAACUGUCCAGUCUGUGCAGGAGUACGGGGCCUUCGUGGACAUUGGCGCUGAUGGCCUGGGCCUGCUACACGUGAGUGCCAUGAGCGGUGCGCACGCGCGGGUGGAGAGCGCUGAGGAUUUGGUGACUGAGGGAGAAGCGUUUUGCGCUGGUGUGCAGGUUUGGCAGCUAGGUCGGGCGGUGAAGCAUAGACGCACUAAGGACUUGGACGUGUGGUUCGUUGGCUUCAAGGGCGGUAAGAUCGUUCUGUCCCAACGCCCAGGGGGCAACCAGGAUUCCAGAGGCCUGGCAAAAUUCAAGGCACAACCGCCUGACCAGUGGCACACGGGUGUAGUCAAAGCAACGGUUCCCUACGGUGCCUUUGUGACCGUUUCUCUGGAUGACGGCAGCAAAGCUGAUGGCCUGGUACCAAUCAAGGAGAUCAGCAAGGAUUUCAUCCGACGCGUGGAGGAUGUGCUUACCCAAGGUAGUCCUGGAGAUGCCGCGCGAUUGGAAGGCGUUUGGGACGGGAAGACUCCGCUCAAGAUUAUCGCAUAA